GGGGCGCGUAUGGCCGCCGCCCCCCGCUGGCAGACACUGGCGGCGUAAGGCGCGCGGGCCCCGGAGCGGGCGCGGCGGAGCGCGGUGAGCCCGGCGCCUCCCGUCCCGAACAUGCGGAGGCCGGCUCAGGCGGCCCGGGAGCCGGAGCGGGGGCCCAAGCGGGCACCGGAGCCGGAGCGCGAGCGGGCGCGGGGCCCGGAGCCGGGGUCCGCGCUGCGCUGCUGAGGCCGGGCCGGCCGCCCAGACGCUGCCCGCGGGCCCGGCCACGGCGGAGCCAAGCUGUGAGCCGUGAGCUUUGAGGUGGUGGGACCUGUCAGCAGAAUGUCUCCUGCUCCCGAGAGUGACCCCGAGGCCACUGAGAUGAGCACUGCGGCCUGGCCGGCCCGAGCGCCUGCGUCUCAGUAGCUGGGAGCUGCGGGCCCACGCCUGCCCACCGGCCGCGGUGAUGUUCUAGCCACAGAGGAGCCAAGACCUCAGGUUUCCAGAGACUUGGGAUUUGCACAGCAGCAGAGUCACCGUGGAGAGGCCAGGGUAUCACAAACUUAUGGAUUUUGACAAGAAAGGAGGGAAAGGGGAGACAGAGGAGGGCCGGAGAAUGUCCAAGGCCGGCGGGGGCCGGAGCAGCCACGGCAUCCGGAGCUCAGGGACCAGCUCGGGGGUCCUGAUGGUGGGCCCCAACUUCCGCGUCGGCAAGAAGAUCGGCUGCGGCAACUUCGGGGAGCUCCGCCUAGGCCCCAUGGGCUCUCCUGCCCUCUGCAUGCACCACGAGUACUGCCGGAGGAGUCCCCUUCGGCUUUCAGAGCCCAGAGCACCCGACCUCCUCCAGGAGUCUGCAGAUCCACAGGCCUCAGAUGCUGCCACACCCACCCAGCGCACACCCAGGUCUCUGCCAUGCCGGCCGCACACAGCGGCGGGGGUCAGGCGAAGGUUUCUUCCACGGUGCAGAGUAGAAGAGCCGGGAAAGACCCCAUCACCAUCAGAUGCAUCAGAGCUUCAAAGGCCCACUCAUCAAGACGCUGCCAAGAGCAUGAGGCCAGCCAGGCAGGGAACGAUGUCGGCGAGCAUCCGCCUGACCGUCAGGGAGCCAGAGCUGGAUGGAAAGAAUCUCUAUACAAAUGAAUACGUGGCUAUCAAAUUGGAGCCGAUCAAGUCCCGGGCCCCGCAGCUGCACCUGGAGUACCGGUUCUACAAGCAGCUCAGCGCCACAGAGGGCGUCCCUCAGGUCUACUACUUCGGCCCGUGCGGGAAGUACAACGCCAUGGUGCUGGAGCUGCUGGGGCCCAGCCUGGAGGACCUGUUCGACCUGUGCGACCGGACCUUCACGCUGAAGACGGUGCUGAUGAUCGCCAUCCAGCUGAUCACGCGCAUGGAGUAUGUGCACACCAAGAGCCUCAUCUACCGGGACGUGAAGCCCGAGAACUUCCUGGUGGGCCGCCCGGGGACCAAGCGGCAGCACGCCAUCCACAUCAUCGACUUCGGGCUGGCCAAGGAGUACAUCGACCCCGAGACCAAGAAGCACAUCCCGUACCGCGAGCACAAGAGCCUGACGGGCACGGCGCGCUACAUGAGCAUCAACACGCACCUGGGCAAGGAGCAGAGCCGCCGCGACGACCUGGAGGCGCUGGGCCACAUGUUCAUGUACUUCCUGCGCGGCAGCCUCCCCUGGCAGGGGCUCAAGGCCGACACGCUCAAGGAGCGGUACCAGAAGAUCGGGGACACCAAGCGCGCCACGCCCAUCGAGGUGCUCUGCGAGAACUUCCCAGAAGAGAUGGCCACCUACCUGCGCUACGUGCGGCGCCUGGACUUCUUCGAGAAGCCCGACUAUGACUACCUGCGGAAGCUCUUCACCGACCUCUUCGACCGCAGCGGCUUCGUGUUCGACUAUGAGUACGACUGGGCCGGGAAGCCCCUGCCGACCCCCAUCGGCACCGUCCACACCGACCUGCCCUCCCAGCCUCAGCUCCGGGACAAAGCCCAGCCGCACAGCAAAAACCAGGCGCUGAACUCCACCAACGGGGAGCUGAACGCGGACGACCCCACGGCCGGCCACUCCAACGCCCCCAUCACGGCGCCUGCAGAGGUGGAGGUGGCGGAUGAAACCAAAUGCUGCUGUUUCUUCAAGAGGAGAAAGAGAAAAUCGCUGCAGCGACACAAGUGACCCCGGGCGCGUGCAGCCCCCUGAAUCUUCUCCGUGCGGCCCCUUGGGGCGCGAGCUUGUGCGAGGCCCUCGGGGCCCACCCACAGCGGCCCAGGGCCAGGCCCUGGCUGGAAGCCAGAACGCAGACUGCAGGGGCCGCGCCUGGCUCAGGCGGCGGCCCCACCCCCAGGACGUGGGGUCACUUCCUUCACGUAAGACUUUGGCCGAAAUUUCUACACCUGUGUCUAGUCCUCCCCUCCAAGAGCAUUAACUAUUUAAAACAAGGAAAAAAGGAAAAAAAACAGAGGCCCGCCCUACCCCCACUCCUGCCCCUCCGUUUCUUUGCUGAAGUGAGUAGUGUGAUCCUGGAGGCUCCCUGGCUGAGGCCCGGCCUGGCCCGGCCCCGCCAGCCGCCCCCGUUAGCGUCAUAAAGUCCAGCUUGUCUCCCUCGAUCCAAAGGCCGUUUCCUCGAGGGGAGGGCAGGCCCGGCCUGGAGGGGUGCUGUGGAGCUGUCUUGCCCAGGCCCUCCUGGGAGGGGGACAGGCAUUGCUGCCAGGGGUGAGGCCGCGCCCCAGGUCUCCCCAAAACCAAAGGGGAAGGCAGGGGUGGGGCCGCGGCUGAAGCCGGCUCCCCAACCAAAAUGCUGCACCAAAGCUCGGGCGCCACAGGCACAGCCACUGCAGUUUCUUCCCAGCCUGGCCCUGGCGAGGGGCGGGUGGGCACUGCCAGGUGGGUGCUUCUCGAUGCACUUGCUCCCGGAGGCUGUGCCCCGGCGCCUGGAACCCGAGGUGGGAGGACCGGCUGGUGUCACCCUGCUCGGCCCUGGGCCCUGCUGCGUGGGGCGCGUGGGGCGCGUGGGCACGGGGCUUCCUGCCUCUGUGCUCCGACACCCGGCAAGCAGCCGGAGACAAAACGCCUUAAAGCCCCCGGCCCAGCCCUGCAGGUGAAUUGCAGGGGCCUGGGGGCAGCCCUGGACUGGCGGGCGGUUCCCCAGCGGGGUGCCCUGGAGGCUGCCGGGCAGAGUGGAGCAGCUUGGGGCCGUGCCCAGGGCGGUGGCUGUGAGUCUAGUUUUUGCUUUACCAAGUGUACAGAAAUGGCAUUUACGUUUCUCUGAUGCUCCCUUGAAGCCAUAGAAUUUAGGGGCUUUUUUUAAAAAAAUAAAAGAAAAAUGAAACCAAA